UAGAAAACAUACUCAAAAUAAGUUCAAGUUAUGUCUAAAAUGACACGUGAACGCUUUUUUUGACAGCUGACAGUGACAGUUAAGUAAGUUAGUAAACGGAAGUGAAGGUGACGAAAACAACAAUGCUCGACCUUUUAGCAAGAGAAAGUUCAAAUUAACCUUUAGAUUUAUUUCUUUCAGUUACUAAAAUGUACGCUUUGUGUUUAGUGAUACUAGCUCUCGUCACCAAAGGAUGUUCAUCACAAGAAGACGAUGGCCCAUACCGAGGGGCUUUCAUCGGUAAACUCAAGUCCUACCACCACCAAGUGUCCGGGGACGUGUAUGCAGUGGACGACUGGACCAUUCUGCUGGUGAACUUCAACUAUGACGGGACGGGGGAUGACACAUUCUUCUGGGCGGGAGACUCCGGGCUGCCGGGACCGCAGGGGUUCAUUGUGCCUGAUGAGAAUGGGAAAACAAAUGUCCUAGAACGCUACUUCGACGCCGAAGUCCGUCUAAUCCUACCGGAAGGCAAGCGGCUAUCUCGCCUGAAGUGGCUCUGUGUGUAUGACAUCGCCACACAGAACACCUUCGGAGACGUGGCCAUACCGGAUGACUUCGAGGCUCCAACUGAACGGACCCUCGGGCCCAUGACCGGCUCGCCGGCGGUCAGUAGCGGGCCCGUUAAAGUGUUGGAUGCUAGGACUAUACUGAUCCCGUCGUUCCGCUACGACGGCAGCGGCGGCGAGGUGUAUUUCUGGGCGGGCGAGGGCGCCCAGCCCUCCGCGCGCGGGACCAAGGUGCCCGACGAGUAUGGAUAUGUGGAGCCCCUCUCUCCCUACAACGGCACAGACGUGCGGCUAACACUAGCAGGCUCUACAACAGUGCGCGACAUCUCCUGGCUCUCAGUGUGGGACGCCCUCGCCGCCACCAGCCUGGCUUCGGUACUGGUGUCGGAUGGAUUGAACGUGCCGCCGCAACUGGCCAGUGUGUUGCCUCAUGCGUCAUCCCUGCCCAACUGCAAGCAGCUGCACCGAGGGUACCAGGUGUCAUGGGAGGUGCACGGCCCGCAGGUCACCAUACAGCUGGCGGCUCAGAUAGAAGACAACGAAUACAUGGCGUUCGGUAUAUCCGGUUCCACAACUGGCUCUCAGAUGCUGGGUGCAGACAUAGCGGUGGCGUACUACGACCAAAAGCUGCAGAGGGCCUUCGCCACGGAUUAUAAUGUCACUGAUUUAGCUCCGUGCGUGCAGGUGCUGGGCGCGUGGCGCGGCGUCUGUGCGGACACUAGACUGGGGCACCUGGACAACAACCAGCUGUUCUCUGGCUCCAGGAGCGAUGGACUCACUGUGGUCACUUAUAGGCAGACGCUGAAGCCUUACGACUCAAUAGACCGCGAGUGGCAAACGGAAGGACCGACCUACAUCGUGUGGUCCAUCGGCACGCUGGACCACGAGCGCGGGCCAUCGUUCCACCACAUCUACCCCAAGAAGGAUGUGUCAAUUAAUGUGAAUGCCAACCCGCCUACUAACGACUGCUAUCCGUUUACUAGCGGUAAAUCCCCGACUAUACCCACUUGGGAUGUGCCGGAACUGUUCGACCCAUCUCUACGCUCUUUCACAGCUACAUUAGGUCCGGGCGGCGGGCGGCGCGCGCGCCUCGGUCGCGACCUGGUGUGGUACAUCAACGGACAGAUAGCACCUGAUCUACAGAUGAGGAGGGGACUGGUUUACAACUUUAAGGUAUUCGGCGGCAACGACCCCCACUCCGCUCGGUUCUACCACCCGCUCAUGAUCACCACGGAGCCGGUGGGAGGUCUGGAACGACUGGACGAGGCGGCCGCGAGGGCUGUCAGGGUGCUGGCUGGAGGCGCCCAUACGAGAAGAGGCAGGGUCACGCCUACUCACGCGGGCCCCCUCUGCCUGGCCACCCACGCCGCCUCGGCCGACCGGCGCCGCGACGACGACUACGCGUCCUUCAGGGCCUUCAACCGCACCCUGAGCUGGUCGUGCCGGGAGGGCGCCCCGGCCGUGAUGGAGGUGGCUCCCAAUACUACGUGGCCUGAUGUGGUGUACUAUCACUCGUUUACUCAUGCUGGUAUGGGCGGUCGCAUAUUCAUAGUGGACCGACAUAAGCGCACGAUCGGAAAGAAAAGUGCAGCAUUUACAGCGAGAAACUCAGCAGUGUUCACCGUCGCUGCCUUACUCGUGUAUGUCAUGUUAUGAUAGUGUCGGUGCUUAGUUUAGAUAGGAAUUUUGUUGAGUAGGCAAUCAAAGGUUGACAAAGGUAUAUUUGGAUAGCAAGAACGAUAUUUUGUUCGUACUGAAACUCCAUAAAAAAUCGUAGUUAUUGUUUUUUUUUAAAUAACUCAAAAACAGUAGGUACACUGUUAUUUAUAUCAAGAUCUAUGAUGUCACAAAUCUUGUGCUAACAGUUCUAGUUUCUGAUGUAUAUAUUUUAUGUUUACCAUGAUACAAUCAGUUCACAAAUCUAGGUAUUUAAAUAGUAUAUGUACCUAUUCACAAACUACAGUAGUAUAAUUGUACUUAUUAUCCGCUUAUGUUUGAAUGAAUUUAUGAUUUAUUAGUUUGACAAUGUACAAAGUGUGUACUGACUAGUGAAGCAGAUUGUACCAUGCCUACUUAUCAACAAAUGUUUUUCCUAUACUUAUGAAUUUUACUCAAAACAAAUCCAAGAUUUAUGAAAAGUAAUACUGAAAGUAUUAUGUAGAUGUAAGAUUAUAUCCGUCCAUUAUAUGAAGACUGUUUAUGAAAAGAUAAGUUUAAUUUUUCUAAAUAUUAUAUUUUACAUGUACAUCUAUUCUCAAUUUUUUUCUAUACUCUUAUUUUUACCUAUAAAUAUUUUUGACUAUCUUGAACGUAUUGUAUGAAAUAAUACUCAAUUUACCAACAUAUUUUUGAAUCCUUUAGUAUAGUUGAAUAAGCGUAAGAAGAUCUCUUUUAUACAUUAUUUUACAGAAAUUAUCAAUCCAAUAAAUAUAAUGCUAUAAAAGUUUUGUAUAUUUCAUUUAAGGGGUCCACAAAAUGGACCUAUACUCUGGAAAUACGUAGUUUUAAAAUCAUUGCAAUCAAUUGUUUAAUGUAUAAAACCAUUAACUCAAUUAAUUUCUGGGCGGUCUACAAAGAAUUUCUGUAUAAGGUAGUAUUUUUUAUAUGUGAAUUGUUGUAAGGCGUUUGUACGGGCAUAGACUAACGGGCUAU